GACACAGACUCUCACAUACUCACUCACUCCCCGUUGGUUGCAGAAUCAUUCUGCUCAAUCUCCACUCGCAAAUUCCCUUCCUAUCCUCCUCCUCGCCCUCGCCCUCGCCCAUCCCCUUCCGCCUCGCACACACUUCCCCCUUUCUGCUCUCUUCCCCCCUGCUUCUGGCCUCGAUUCAUUCCCCAGUGGACAGUAUGUCGUCAAACGGUUCCAAGGGUGUCUCCAAGCCUGACAAAGGUGGAAAGAAUGAAAAUGACAAAGUCAUUGUGAAAGUGGCUGGCGUUGUCGUGGCAACGGGCAUUGCGUGGAGUUUGUACAAGACAUUCAACAGAUCCGACCAUCCCCUUGUGAAUACCGAGAGCGGAAUUCAAAAGGAUGCUGCGAACGCCUAUGACAACACAAAGAGGAAUGCUCAAAACGUAAAGUCUACUGCUGACCAGAAAUCUAAUCAGGUAAGAGGAGGUCUUGGGGACGCCGCUGGAACAUUGGUUCACAAGCUUGAGGAUGUAGGCCACAAGGUGCAGGAUUCUCUCCAUUGGGGUGCGCACACAGCUGAGGAAAAGGCUCAAGCAGGAAAGGAGUCCGUGCAGGAAGGGAUUCGAGAAGGACAGAGGUAUGUUAAAGACAAGGUGGGUCAGAUUGAUGACAAGGCUCGCUCAUCCAAGAAUGAACUGCAAAACAAGGGAUGGGGAGCAAAGAAUAAGGUGGAGAGUAAGGUGAAGGAUGCUGAGGCCACUGCUGAGAAGAAGGCAAAUGAAGUAAAGCGGCAGAGCAGGGGGUUCUUUGGCCAGUUUAUGAGCGAAGCUAAGGACACCAAAGCGACUGUUGGGGACAAGAGCAGGGAUGCCAAGGGAACAGCGGAGGAGAAGGGCAGAGAAGCCAAGGAUACCUUGAAGGAUGCCGGUAGCAACAUCAAGGGCUACGCUCAGGACAAGAAGGAGAAGGUGCAAGAAGCUGGAAAAGAUAUUUACGGUAAAGGUUUGGACGCGAAAAAUCGAAUUGACGGCAAGCAAGUCACCAUUCAGAAGGGUGACACACUGUGGGGCUUGUCUCGAAAAUACAACGUUUCAGUAGAAUCGUUGAAGGCUGCCAAUGGCAUUGUUGUGGGGGACAGUCUCGACGCCGGAGAUGUCAUUACCAUUCCCAAGUAAAGGGUAGACGAAUUUCUGUAGGUAUCUUUUUUCAUACUGGCAAGGAUCUGCAGGCUAUGUAGUUGCUACAUGCGACUCUGUUCAACCAUUUGUAGUAGUCACGGCCCUAUGCUGUUGGUCCUUUUUCUAGUUGCAGUGGUGCUGCAUGUCAGUGUAAUUUACAUUGAGGUGUAGAAAUUUGUAAAGGCGUCUGAUGAGGCGAACUCAUCAGGUCCCGUCGUGGGUAAGAAGAUUAGCUUUCUGCUCACUUCGUUGUAAAAUGUUCAUGCGGGAUAGAAUCUCGCACCUAGAAAUUUGUGAAAUAACGAAUAUAUGCAACUGUGUUUGCCCAUCAGGUUCCAAUUAAA